AUGUCCGCUUGUGCGCCCGUCGCUAGAGCGACCAAGGCAUCGUUGAGAAAGACAGCCGUCGCUACUGCAGAAGCCGCAGCCAGACUGGCUGCCUACCUAGACGAAAACGGACGUGGACCGUCCAUUAACACCCAAUCGCGCAUCACCUUCAAGUCACGUGAUUCAGCUGAACAGGCACCACCGCCGCCUGUCCGCUCAGCGUCAGGAGCCGCCUCCUGGGGCUCCUUUUCGGCGACUCCUUUCGCCUGGGAUCGGUCCAUGGCUUCAUUCGGGGGACUGGACGAAUCGCAGCAGGCAAGACGACGGACCACAAGAUCAACAACUUCUGGUGGUGCAGCCGCCACGCAUCCCAUAACCUCAGAGCUGCUGGAACUCAGUCGAAGCAUCAUGCAGCUGGCUGACACAGCGCGCAGGGAAAAUAGUCAGCUCGGAUCCGUGGUGCGGGAGUCUCUGGCUAUGCAGCGUCUUGCACCCGGCUCUCUGGGAGGCCAGAUGGAUUAUAGGACGUCGACAACAAGUCAAGCGGAGGCGACGGGUCCUCCACAGGAGAACAAGGAGGUAUCAGAGCUGGUGGAGAGUUUCGCCGCCCUCGUAGAUGAAAUUCACUCUAAGAAUGAGAGGAUGAAGUCAAUGCUUUUGGGUGCCCCCGAAGCCGGAGGCAGCGGAAAUCCAAAGGAUGCACAGAAGUCAGUCAUGGCCGAACAGUGCUCCGAGCUUCUUGACGGACUCCAUGACCUGAAUGACGAUAUGAACAGUAAAAAUGAUCAGAUAAUUGCUCUCUUGAAGUCUGGUAGGCCGUCGAGUGUUAUGGGAAGCCCUUUUUCACCGCCGCCAACUCCACCACCAGCAAUACAGGGCGAAUUUGGGGAGGUUUUGCGAAGCAUCGGUAAUUUAACAGGCGAGGUCAGGGCUAACAGUGAACGCAUGCGAUCUUUAUAUCAGUCUAGUCCGGCAACACUUGGCUCCCUUGGAAUCUCCCAGCGAGACGUUGCCGGUGAAGCAGUUGGCGAGAGCGCUGACUCUACAGAAAUCAGGCGGACACUUAAUCGCCUGGCUGAGGAGUUUCGCACCAAAAAUAACGAAAUCCUGGGCAUGCUUCAGGGCGGCAGCCUUGCCACAACCGCUUCCUCCUCAAUUUUCUCCAAGGAUCUAGAGAUCCUGCAAGAAAGCAUAGCUCAUCUAAGUAGGGCGGUUGAGAUGGAACAGAGGCAAAUUAGCAGCAUCCUGGGCAUCCCAUCAGCGCCGACUGCUUCCAUAACCCUCAAACCUGAAGAGGAGGAGGCCGCCGAGGCCGCACUGGCAGACUCGCCAAUCAUGAAGCUGCUUGCGGAUGUCACGCAAUACGUGCAGGCUGUGGCAAAAAGUCUUCAGGAGAGCUCUAUAGACCCCCUGAAAACCAUUGGAGCCGACGAGAGUGGCGUCUCAAACAAGCAAGUCUUCGAGGCACUCGCGGAAGUCGAUAAGAACAUGAAAAACCUCUCCCGACGGAUCUCUGAUCUUGACAAAAUGCGAUGCCGAGAGUACUGCAAGGCUCAGGGCCUGGGCCUUCAGACCUGUACAGCCGAAAGUUCAAUCUUCAAGGUGUUGGAGGAUAUGACGCGCGGACUGCAGGAUGUCUCCUCUGGAGUGGCAGACAUCGUUCAGAAGCAAAAGGAGGAGUUGGAGAGACCGGAGCCGCCAGUCUACAUUGUCUCCCUGCCGGAACCAUCUGUCGUCAAGACGUUGGAUGAGAUUCGUAACAGCGUGGCCUUCUUCGGUGGACACAUGAAAGUGCCAGUUCCGGGCAUCGUUGAUGUCAACGUCGACUCAGCUGAUCAGGUCACCUCUGACGAACUCUCGCCUCUGGAUAAGUUGAGACAAAGUGCUGUUGCCGGAGGCACCUACAGCAGGGCUGCGGGUGCUGCCGACGAGGGUGUAAUGGACAUUCUUAAGGAGAUCAGAUCGGCUAUAUCCAUCAUGAGCAGAGAACUUCGCCUGCAAAGCAAGAUCUGA